UAGCAUUAAACGUCAAAUGAGUUUAUACUUUAUAUAUGACAUCACAUAACAUAUGAAACAAUAUUUAACUCAAUGUUGUGUUUCAGUUGUGUAACUCCUCGUCACUGAAAAACCCGAUUACCGAUUGGUUGGCCAAUACUUUGUCCAUUCAUUGACUGACUGAUUGGUUGUUGACAUUGGUUUUGGCUUUAAUUGAUACGACUGUUACAACUCGGGUAACAACAAGACAUGUCAAGAAUGGGUCAUCACUUUGAUGAAAAUGAUGGUCACAUAUACCACGGAAUUGAUAUAAAUAAAGUGAAUCUGUCAUCACUGGGUGAGGCACAGAGGGAACACCUAUUGCUUCACGAGAAGCAUAGGGGACACGAGUCGAUGCACGCGCUUAUGCUACUCAUCCUCAUCGCUGCCAUAGUUGUAGCCCAAGUGGUACUCAUUUAUUGGCGCAAAAAGAGUCCAAAGAGCUAUCAAAACGUGUCAAUGAUAGGCAUGUGGUUCGUACCGUUCAUACUGUCCGUCUAUAAUCAUUGGUUCCGAUUUGUGGCCAUUUGGUUGGCCAUCACAUUAGUCACGUGUGCGCUAAUCAGUAAACCGCUAAUCAAUAAGCAAUUGAACACCGGAUCCAUUCCCAGACUAAUUUAUAAGUGGUUUUACUUUCUGUAUUCAUUUUCAUCGAUAGUUGCGGUGACCGGUUAUCUCGUAAUAAUGGCAACACUGGUCGGCAUUAAUAUGUUAUUAGGUAUCAAACCUAAUGUAACGCUAGACUUAGGAUUUUUACUAUUGUUUUACGGCAUUUACUACGGAGUGCUGACCCGAGAUUUUACCGAUUUUUUAGUGGACCUGUUGGCCGCCAAUAUUGGCUAUUAUCAGCCGCAAUCAUCACUGCCUUCAAAGCAACUUAACUCAACAAUUUGCGCCAUUUGUGGCCGAAAUCACAGCGAAAACAACGAGGAGAAGACCUAUACUUUAAGUUGUGGUCAUAUUUAUCACGAGUACUGUAUCUACGGGUGGUGUUUGGUCGGCAAGAAACAGGUCUGUCCUUUCUGUAGGGAGAAAGUGGAUCUCAAAAAAUUAUUUUCAUCGCUCCCUUUCCAAAAACCACACUUCCUUUACGGCAAUUUGUUGGACUUUAUACGAUAUCUCAUUGUAUGGCAACCUAUUAUCAUAUUUGCCGUCCAAUGCUUUAAUUAUAUUCUGGGAUUAGAGUAAUUAAAAUAAAUAAUUGACUAAAUAUUAUGCAUUACUUAGUUAAUCAAACAAAUGUUAACUUAUAUUCAUCAAAACGACCCCAAAGUGAACGGACACUUGAUUUUUAUACAAUUU